UCAUGUUUACAUUUGCCAGAUUCUUUUCUAAAUGAAGGAGGUUGGGAUUGUCACACUGGAUGGAGUUCUGCAUAUUUUUCCAAACCUUCAGAAGGCCAGUGGAUGGAGGAAAACCAAAAAACUGAGGAGCAACAAGAAGCCAACCUCACAACACAAAAUAAGGACAAUGAUGUACAUUCAAAAGUGUGGCAAAGUAAGAAAUCUGUUGGAAGCAAAAGAGUUUAUGAUUGCCCUGUGUGCCGUAAAACGUUUGGUACUCCAUCCGAACUAAAAAGGCAUUGUCUUAUUCACACAAAUCAGAGGCCAUUUCAGUGUCCCAUAUGCUGCCGUGCGUUCAGAGAACGCUCUCAUCUAAAAGUACACUUUUCAACUCACAAUAUCCGUGAGAAGCGAAGAGCACCAUCAAUCCAGAGCUAUAGAGUCAAUAGUGUGCCCUGUUAUCAAGCGUCAAAAUCAAGGUUAAAAUCCCCUCCAAAACAAACAACUGCCCAAGAUGAUACAAAGUCAACAGAUAAAGAAAAGUCAACAGAGCACCAAGAUGAAAAAAUGUUUAUACAGAAUAUGGCAUCUCAAAUUAUUAGUUGUGACUGUAGUGAAUCAGAUGCAUGUUUGCAAGACUCCUUUCUAAAUAAAAAAGGUUGGGAUCGUCACACUGGGCUGAGUUCUGUAUAUUUAUCCAAACCUUCAGAAGGCCAGUGGAUGGAAGAAAUACAAGAAUCUGAGGAGGAACAAGAAUCCAGUGUCUCAACACAAAGUGAGGAUGAUGUAAAUGUGAAGCUGUUGCAAAGUAAGAAAUCUGAUGGAAACAAAAGAGUUUAUGAUUGCCCUGUGUGCCGUAAACGGUUUGGUGCUCCAUCCGAACUAAAAAGACAUUGUCUUAUUCACACAAAUCAGAGGCCAUUUCAGUGUCCCAUAUGCUGCCGUGCCUUCAGAGAACGCUCUCAUCUAAAAGUACACUUUUCAACUCACAAUAUCCGUGAGAAGCGAAGAGCACCAUCAAUCCAGAGCUAUAGAGUCAAUAGUGUGCCCUGUAAUCAAGCGUCCAAAUCAAGGUUAAAAUCCUCUCCAAAACAAACAACUGCCCAAGAUGAUACCAAGUCAACAGAUAAAGAAAAGUCAACGGUGCACCAAGAUGAAAAAAUGGUUAUAGAGAAUAUGGCAUCUCAAAUUAUUAGUUGUGACUGUAGUGAAUCAGAUGCAUGUUUGCAAGACUCCUUUCUAAAUAAAAAAGGUUGGGAUCGUCACACUGGGCUGAGUUCUGUAUAUUUAUCCAAACCUUCAGAAGGCCAGUGGAAGGAAGAAAUACAAGAAUCUGAGGAGAAACAAGAAUCCAGUGUCUCAACACAAAGUGAGGACGAUGUAAAUGUGAAGGUGUUGCAAAGUAAGAAAUCUGAUAGAAACAAAAGAGUUUAUGAUUGCCCUGUGUGCCGUAAACGGUUUGGUGCUCCAUCCGAACUAAAAAGACAUUGUCUUAUUCACACAAAUCAGAGGCCAUUUCAGUGUUCCAUAUGCUGCCGUGCCUUCAGAGAACGCUCUCAUCUAAAAGUACACAUCAGAACUCAUGAUGUCCCUGUGAAGCGGAGAACACCAUCAUUCCAGAGCUACAGAGACAACAUAGUGUCCUGUAAUCGAGCAUCUAAGUCAAAGUUAAAACCCUCUCCAAAAUUUCUAACAGCCCACAAUGAUACCACUUCAACAGAUAAACAAAAGUCAACCGUGCAGCAAGAUCAAAAUGUGCUUACAGAGGAUAUGCUGUCUCAAAACAUAUGUGGUGACUACAAUGAUUUAGGUGUACAUUUGUCAAAAAGUACUAGCCCUUUAGAGAAUGUUGAGAAUAACAAAUCAGUUUUGGGUCUGACGCAUAAAACUGACAUCUUGCUUGAUGGGAAAAAGGCAUUUGACAUUGUGCCUUUUGGCAAGGUGAGUGACUGUCCACCCAAAACUGACUCAUCUCUCCGUCAUUGUGCUCCCGAAUCAAGAGCUGAGGAAAAAUGGGAACAUUACAUGGACGAUGUUGAAGAUUUCUUUGUGGACUCUGACACUGUUGUCACACAGUGUGUUCCUGGUUCUCACGAGCCCAGUUCUUGUCAGUAUCAACAGAAUCCUGAUGUUCCCAGAAUCCCAGAAGUUGUUGUGGAGCUUGAGGACUUUGAGGAACCAGGUGAAUGCUUUAUCAAAACAUCACAUGACCUCCCCUUUUGUCGUGACUGUAGUCGGAGUUUCCGCACGGUUAGGAACUUGUAUGCACAUAAUUGUACAAACGGAUAUCCUGAAGGUGAAGUGAAGAAAUCCCACCAGUGUGACAUUUGCUUCAAAUUCUUCAGCUCACCAUCCAAAUUGAAGAGUCACUAUGUUACUCACACGGGUCAGAGGCCGUUCCUAUGCACACAGUGUCAGAAGUCCUUCACACAGCCCCAUCAUCUAAAAACACACAUGCUGUCCCACAGGUAGAAUGGUUACUCAAGGGUUGUCCAAAGAUAUGACCAAACCAAAAGGGUUUUCAAUUGUAUUUCAGUUGUGUGUUAUAAAGUUUUAUGCAGUAUGUUUGGCUUUCAAAGUGCCCCAGUAUGGAUUUUUGAAAAUUACCUUUCAUGCAGUGUGUAACACAGCUUUAAGUGAUUAAAAAGACUGCAGUUUUAAAUCUGAAAGUGCAUUGUGUAUAAAGUUAUUGUCUCUCAAAAGAAAAUGUCAACUC